CUCUCAGGAUUCGCGAGGCAUUGACGCGGUGAUUAGGACAGCACAUUAGCACGAUGAUCAUUCACGUCUAGGGAAAAAUAUUUCUUUUACGAUCCACCAGACAACGGUAAAUAAUGUUGAACAACAGCAGUGAUUUCAGUGAUGUUCCGGCUGAAGUGGGCGGAUACCGGGCGGUGCACGGCUACAUUUCCGGGGGAGUAUGUGUCGUAGGUGUCAUUUUAAACAUGGUGAAUUUCAUUGUUUGGUCCAGACAAGCGUUAAAGACGAGCACUAAUCUCCUCCUCGCAACACUCGCUGUGGCGGAUGGACUGUCCUUACUUUUCUAUCUCGUGUACGUAACGUAUUUCUUCAUUGCAACAGGUCCUAGUGAACUCAUCUACCAUUCCGAAUCAGGCAUGUACACGGUUGUCGUCUGCUUCCAUGAAUUUAUUGCAUUUCAUACAUUUUCAAACUGGCUGAUUAUAUCCCUUGCCAUAUUUCGCUACCUUGGGGUAUGUCAUAAUAGUAUUUCCAAACAAUACUGCACGAGACGGCGGGCCUGGGUGGCAGUUGUGGCAGUGUUCACAGUCACCGCGGUAGUUACAGUACCGUUCUACAUGUACUAUGAGGUGUACCAAUUCACGGACCCUACCCACGGUCACAAUUACUGGAUCCGCAAGACAUUCUUUGUUCGGACGCAUAUCACCUACCAAACGGUUCUAUUGUGGCUGUACGGAGUGAUUUUCAAGGUGCUGCCGAGCGUGGCCAUGAUUGUGCUGUGUAUAAUUAUGAUUCAUAAACUUCGACAAGCCACAGAACGAAAUAAUACCUUAAACAGAGAAGUGUAUCAUUCCCACAUCGCGUCUCAGCGUUACAGAAGGUCCACUCUAAUGCUCAUUAUGAUUGUUACCAUCUACUUUCUGACCGAGUUACCCGUGGGCAUCAUGGCCUUCUUGUCCGGUCUGAAGGGAGGGGAGAGUCACUUCUUCUACUUUCUACUGUACUCCUACGUGGGGGACAUGAUAGACCUCAUCGCUCUCCUCAACAGCUGCUUGAAUUUUUUCGUUUAUAUUGCUAUGUGCAGUAAAUUCAGAACUACGUUGAUUAAAUGUGUGAAAACAUAUUUCGGAAUGUCUCUUUGCCAUGGAAAGGACCUGCUUACACAUCAGCUGUCUAAGAUUGAGGGACCCAAGUUGUUCGUGUAUAAACGCUAUUGUUAUACCUGUCAACAAGAGAGAGGUGUUCCGAAGUUAUUAAUCUCCCGGUAUCAUUCUUACUCCAUGCCGUGAUUACUGAAUUUAUCGGACGAUUUUAAUGUAUUGUUUAUCUUUAUAAUAAUGACGACACCGAUAUAUAACGUUUGAAUGAGAUCGAAAUGUUCCCAUUUUAAAUUUCCUCAAGCAUUGAUUUGACGUAUGUUCAUCAUUGUCACGUGAUUUCAAUAUCAACUACAACAUACAAAACCACCUUUAUCAUUAUUAUAUGGAGGCAAAUUUUAUGACUGACCAGUUCUAUAUUAUAAAGACAAUAAAUAGAUGUACAUGAUUUAUUUUUAGAUAUAUGAAAUCAUGUGGUUGAUGAGGAUAAUAGUGUGACCACUCAUAUAAAAAAAUCAAUUCAAAACCAGCUAACCGAUUUCAUUAUUUAGUUAAUCUAAAAAUUACUACUACAAAUAACCAUACUUUAUCGAUAUUAAAUUGUACUUGAAAUAAGUUAUCAAAGCAACCCCAAUUAUCCCUAAUUUAAAAAUCUGCGAAAAGCAAAUACACUUCUCUCAUUCCAGCAAUUAUUAUCAAUAAACACUAUUGAUUAACGGU